GCGUGCAUACGCGGUCCACUUCGUGCAGUUUGGCUGCUUCUCUUGCUAGGAGGUUGCUGUCAGUCGUAGUUUUUCGGAGUUCGCCACAACACACUGAAACGGGGAAAAUUGCCUUAUUUUCCCCCUCUAAGAAGAUGGACCAGAAAGACACAGAGAUGAACGAGAAAGGAGUGUCUUCUUCUACAAGUGGAGUUGUGGUUCAAGUACGGGAGAAGAAAGGACCUUUGCGAGCAGCUAUCCCUUACAUGCCUUUUCCAGUAGCGGUAAUUUGUCUGUUUCUCAACACCUUCAUACCCGGAUUAGGGACUUUUGUCUCAGCCUUCACGGUGCUGUGCGGGGCACGGACAGACCUGCCGGAUCGCCACAUGUGCUGCGUGUUCUGGUUGAACAUCGCCGCCGCGUUCAUCCAGAUCCUCACUGCCAUCGUCAUGGUGGGCUGGAUCAUGAGUAUAUUCUGGGGAAUGGACAUGGUCAUUCUGGCAAUUUCUGAAGGCUACAGAGAUCAAGGCAUUCCCCAGCAGCUGUGAGGUGGUACAGUAAAUUUACGACAAGAAUGUACAGUAGUCUCCUGGCGUCCUCUCGGAGGGACAGAAGCAGAGAGAUGCCUUCACUGUCACACAGGAAGGAGGGGUUCUUUUUCACAUGCCCCCCUCCCGCCCUCCCGCCCCGCCCAG